GUGCUAAAAGAAAGAAGAAGAGCAGGGGAGAAAAUGAGGAAGCUCCGGAGGGUUCUGAAAAGAAAAAAAGAUGUAUGAUUAUGCCACCUGCCAAUUCUGAAAAUUUCAAAACAUUCUUUGAUAGAUCAAGAAAGUCCGGUAAUACUUUGCCAAGAGCUUUGGAUGUCUCUGUUCUU